AUGUUGGAGAAUUAUCCCCUAGAUAUUCUUCGGACGAUCGUAUCACAACUUGAUGAUCGGGUUGACCUGAAAAGCUUGUCCGAAACAUCACGGUUUUGGAACGAAGUCACUAAUCCGUUUCUAUACAGAAAUAUCUUUAUUUCAACCUCUAGGAACGAUUAUGGCAUAAUCCAGGCUCACCAGAGAGCGGGAGUACUUCAAUAUACCAGGAAUAUUCAAGUUUUAUGCAACAAAUCUCUAACUGGGCCCAAUGAUUUCGAUUUUGAAGACUAUUCCCCUUGCACCGACUCACCCAACCACUAUUGCACCAGAUUCGAUAGCAAUGAAAGUGUGAUUGAUUCUCUUUAUAACUGGGAUCUUUACCAAGGUCUCAGUAGUGCCGAGCAAGCGGAUAAGAAGCGGUGGAUAGAUCCUGAUGGCGACCCUAAAUUUUAUCCUGAAUUAUUCAACCUUGGAUCCAGGCGGAGGAUACUGUCCGUAUUAAUAAGAUGCAGGGAGGGAUUUUUGAAGAGUUUUAGGUUAAAACGCCUGGCAAUACUUAAUGUGGAAGAAUCCACGUUUAUUGACCAUGAAUCCGAAGUAAAGAAUAUCCGGGACUGCGUGACACUCAACUGCGGUCAACUGGAGUACCUUGAAAUCAGCUGCAUAUACUGGCAGCUCUUGGGCGAUGAAUAUGAUAUCGAGGACCAGCACUUCACGGAGGCGCUGAUAAAGCCAUGUCGAAAUGAUCAGCUCCGGUUCCCGAAUAUACAGCAUCUCGUACUCGAAGGAUAUCUAUUCAACAAAGGCCGAGUUAGCUUACUCAAGGAUUUGAAUCCAGAGGUGCUGCACACCCUGUCCUUAAGAUCUUGCCUUUUCUGGGAGGAUUUAUUACCCUUACUUAACUCUGAGGACCGCCCUUUUCAUCUACGAACGUUGGAGGUGCAGGCAUACUCCGGAUCUUUACCUGGAGUGAUGGAUCGGCAGACCGAGGAGUGCCAUGAACUAGCAAAUUAUAUCGAGAAAUGUCAACCACUCGAAAACGUAUUUAUUGCAAUAGAACGGGCAUUUGGUCUUGAGCGACUCUGGAAAUCGCUCCUUCGGCACCGAAAGACACUCAAGUCCUUUGCUUUCUACUCUCUUCCCGGCAAAACUGAAGGUCCACAUGCUGCUCCAACACCGUACUAUGUCCCGAACCUUUCAUUUGACCCUCCGUACCACAAUGAGAUAGAACCCGAGAGGUUGACUUUGAAGCAUCUGGAUUUGGAGCUGCUCGGGGUCAGCUAUGAGCCAAGAUACCUGGUGUGUUUUGAUUCUGGUUCAAUGCUCUGGGAAAAAUACUAA